AUGUCAUCGUCUCCUAUCCAAUCAGACUUUAUCUUGCCAGCCGACCUCUUUGCCCCGGCGGCUAUUCCUCCUUCCAGCUCCAACUUUGACGAUGCCAUCAAAGCUGCCAUGGCAAGUAUCCCCAAGUGGCACGAGGUCGGGGUGAGCAAAUACAGACAGAUGUGGGAGAACGGCGAGUUCCCCAUCAAGCCCGUCCGUCUCGACUACGCCACCGAUAUCCAUAUCCCCUCACGUCAGCCGGGACGGGACAUCACCUGCCGGUUACUCAGGCCGCAGACCACCGAGAACACGGUGAACGGCGUCUUCAUGCACAUCCACGGCGGUGGCUGGUCUAUGGGCAACGCCGGAGAUCAGGACCAUUGGCUCCAGGGCAUCGCCGACACGGCCGGGCUGAUUAUCGUCAGCGCGGGGUACCGACUCGCACCCGAGCACCCGGGUCCCGCUGGGGACGAGGAUUGCUUCGACGUUGCCGAGUGGCUUGUCCUCCACGCGCGGGAUCGAUUCCACGCGGACCUGGCCUUCAUCGGCGGCGAGAGCGCCGGGGGACAUCUCAGCCUGCAGACCGCGCUGCACCUCCUCUCCCACGAAAAAGAAGAGAUCAGGAGCUUCCAGCUUUCGGGGGGGCUGAUCUUGUUGUUCGGGUGCUACGACCUCGGCUCGACGCCUUCGCAGAUCCACCACCGCUCAGCCAUGAAGGAUGGAAACGAUUCUGCGAAGGAACUUGAGCUUGCCAACCUGUAUCGACCCGACGUGUCCGGUGAUGCCUGGAAGGACCCCCGGAUAUCACCCUUGUACGCCGACCUCGAAGCCUACAGAAACGCGGACGGGCGGAGCACACGCCUACCGCCAGCCCUCUUCAUUGUCGGUACAAAGGAUUUCCUCCUCGAUGACACCAUAUUCAUGUCAGCAAAGUGGCAGAUGGCGGGUGGGCUGGCCGUGGUCAAGAUCUUCCCCGGCGCCACACACGGCUUCAUUGCGUUUCCGCCGGAUCAAGUUCCGAGUGCGGCGUCGGGAAUGAAAAGCCUUUUCGCAUUCAUUCAAUCUAGGGUAGCAUGGAGGAAGCAAGUGUCAGCUAACAAGUAA